AUGGACGCGCUCGAAAACAGUUUGAUAUCAAAAAUGAGUCAGAUGACCACCGACGACAGAGAGAACCUCAUUCUCAAAUUCACCGACAUCAUCGCUCCACGUGCCAUCCCACAUGAGCUUGCCGCUUUCUAUUUGGAUCUUGCAAACUGGAAUCUGUCAACUGCGAUCUCUGUAUUCUACGAUCAGAAUGGAGAUUUGGUGCAUAUGGAGGAGGCCUUUCGUCAGUCGUGUCUCUCAUCAACAGUCAAGGAAUGCACGAACAAGGAAGCGAUUUCAGGGACCUUCACAUACCGCCCAAACACCACAUUCUUCAUCGGUUGGCGAGUUGUCAAUGACGGACGCUUCAGAUGGCCUGAUGGCACUCGGCUUGCAUUUGUUGAUGGUGACCCGAUCGAUUACGAAGUGUGGAAGGAUACAGUUUUGGAUCCAGACGCGUCGGAAAAUAUCGAGAUCCGUAUCACGUGCCCAUUCGAGAUGGGAGACUUCAAGGCGAGAUUCCAGUUUGUCACUCCACAGAACAUCUUCUUUGGAGAAUCGAUCUGGGUGAUUCUUCGCGUACGUCCACUCACCGAAGCCGAAGCCGCGAUGGAAGUCUUCGCACAGCCAAUGGAUCCAUUUCCACGCCAGCUCAUGCCCUACCAAUUUGAGGGACCCAGUGCGCCAGAACAAUCACCAGUUCCAGAUCCACCUCAAGGAUCCAACGAUGAGCCCAUGAUGGAAUAA